AUGUUAUUGAGACCUUUAGGGUACUUAUAUUUUGGUAGUAUAUUGCGUAUCAAUACUAUUUUAUGUAGGAAAUGUCGGUCUUCAAAUACCAAAAUAUUUGUUACUAUAUUUAUCUUAAAGGUAUUCGAUAUUAUUCACGAUUUCCACAAUCGUCUGGGACACGGAAAAAAGAUGGCAAUUUCAGAGGCCAUAAAACAAGACUAUGCCAAUAUUACCUUAAAUUGUGUUUUGCUGUAUAUGGCUAAUUGUAAAGAAUGUUAUAUGGCAUCACAAUUACAAACCUCAACAAGUUUAAUUGAAACUACAAAUUCUGACUUUAAUAAAGAAUUGAAUAUAGAAGACGAUGAAAUUAUUGAAUUGAAGGUAAUAUUCAAAAUAGAGACUUCGAGAUAACUCUCCCGAAUAUACAUCCGAAUAAAAGAGUAAUAUCUCAAAAAAUACUUAGUCCGCUCUCUAAUUAGGUAAUUAAAUAACAAAGUCAACUACUAUAUUUACUCGAAUAAUUAUGCUCCUACGGGGCGGGUACGAUUUUACGGACAGUACAUAAUUCAGGGGUAUUUGGGUAACGGGGAUGGGGGUCCUUAGAAUGGGCUUGGGAAGAGUUUCUUGGAAAUCGGUUUCACUAUGAUAGGAAUUAAGGAUGUCAAGGGGUACCCGAAACCCGGACACUUUUUUCAACCCGAAACCCGUUCCGAAGAAAAUUUUGAAGCAACUACC